GCCUCGCCUGACUUCUCGAAGGACGUCGCGGUCAGCCCUUGUGGACCCCAAACGAGCGAAGGACGCCGAGCGAACAGCAUGUCUGCGUUGUGCCGCCACUUGAAAGUGCUGAGCGGGACUCUUGUGCGGUCGCGGGUUCUUCCCAAGGCCAGCAUCACGUCAAAGCCCCCUAAAGAAGUCAUCACUCCGGCGCAAUCCACCAUCGCCAUGGCCGUCAUGUUUGUCACCAUCUUGUUACCUUCUGGAUGGAUCCUCGCACACCUGGAGGACUACAAGCACAAGAAGUGAGGGGUCGUGGAGCCCAAGAUGGCUGGAGUUGUGCCCACCUGCCUGCUCUUCUCGUUGUCUUCCUCCAUUUAUUCCAUUGUGUGUUUUUUGU